CAGGUCUGAGGGAAACCGGAAGUGAGCUAGAGAGCGCUGUGAACGCUGCUAGGGAGCCCGGUUUCCUCCUCUCUCCAAUCCUGCCACUGCCGCGGGAGACUGUCUGGCCGGCUGAGAUGAUGGCAUUCCCUGUGGAUUUGUUGAACAGCUACAGUCAUGAGGACUUGGAGAACUCUGCAGAGGACUACUUGUCUAACCUUCGGCGUGGGGAUCCAAAUUGUCCUGAAUUCUUGUCCCUACCAGACCACGGCAAAGUUCCUAUUAGCUUGUCAACUGUGGGUUUCGUUCCUCUUUAUGGUGAAGAGCAGACACACAAAGUUCUUGCUUUGUUUGCACCAGAGGACUUGUUCACAGCUGUAGCCCUGCAUCUUGCUGACCGGUGGUGGUCAAUUGAUGACAUCUUGAGAACAUCUGUCCCUUCUAGAGAGGGGCUUCAGCAGGUGAAGUCUGUUGGAGAGAGGGUGGUUCUCUAUGUUCUGAAUCGAAUUAUCUAUCGGAAACAAGAAAUAGAAAGAAAUGAGAUCCCAUUUCUCUGUCACGGUAGCAACGACUAUGCUAAGAUCAUGUGGACAAAAGGAGAGGCUGUUGGGUUCUAUUCUGUUAAACCUACAGGAAGUAUUUGUAGCUCUUCUCUUACUCAGAGUUAUCAGCUGCCAGUGCUAGACACAAUGUUUGUAAGAAAGAAACAUCGUGGGAAAGACUUUGGGCUAAUCAUGUUGGAAGACUUUGCGGAUUCCUUUACUGAAGACACUCUUGGCCUACGAUACCCACUGUCAUCCUUCACGUACAUAGCUUGUAAGCACUAUCUUGAGAAGUACCCUGGGGAUCGUGACCUUUUUUGGGAAGUGGAGGGAGCAGGAUGUUGGUUCCAGAGAACACCUAUUACCACUGUAUUGCAAAGAGAAAAGCUCAAAAUUGCAGCAGAAGUCUCUCAGAAAGAAAAUACAAGUUUCCAAGCAGAGGAUUAUUUUCGACAGUCUGCAGCAGAAUCUGAAGCAAGUGGACAAAAGACUGAGCUAGAAACACAGCUAAGUGCUAACUCUCAAAAAGGUAAAGAAUCAAUAGAUGUCCAUGCAAGCACAUCUGAAGACCCUGACAUAACUCCCAUUUCCAUUCAGACACAAAGCAGUCAUUUAAAACGUCCCAGGAUAGGAAAAAAUAGCCAGGAAUCUGAACCUGAAACUUCCCAAGGAAAUGAGGAAAAUGUUCUUCGUGUGUCAGAAAGCAGGCUGGAACUUCCUGCUGACACAUUUGAAAGCUCUGAAGACUCAGUAGAAGAACCUGAGGAGAAUGCUGUUGAGAAUGAUGAGGAAAUGAUUGUUGAAAAUGAGGACCGAUCUGUAUCAGAAAUGGAGUUACAUGCAUCACCCCCUGAGAAAUGGAGUGAGAAGGAGGAAACUCCAUCUGAACCUCUUAAUGAUGAGGUAACAGAAGAAAUUGGUAAGACCUCACUUAUGGCUGAAGAGGAAACAGCAAAUGAAUUUCUAGGUGGUGAAUCAAAAUUGCAGUCUGAGAGUCAAGGAGAAGAACCCUUAACACUGUUUGUUCCAUUAAUCCUUGAGUCUCCAGCAAAACCUUCAGAAGAUACUGUAUCAGAGGUUUUAAAUGCAAAUGAUUCAGAAGCGCUGACUGAAGAAAGCACAUCAGUAGAGAAGAAGGGCACUGAAGACCACCACCAAGAAUCUGAAAAGAAGUCGUCAUCCACUGAAAAUGCAGCUGCUUCGGCACCCAAGGAAGAACCCUCUGACAAUGGCCUGCCCAACUCUAUGGUAAUUGAAGUAGCAGAAGAAUCUGUUUCUGAAAAUAUAUUGCCCAAAACAGCUUCCUCAGUGGAAGAUCAAAAUGAGGAAGCAGGGCACAACUCACAGGAGGCCCCUGUUGCUUUGAGUCGGAGCUCUUUGAUAGUGGUUGAACUCGAGGGUGUUUCUUUUCAGCAGCCUUCUGGACAGGAAGUACAGAAGAACCAGUUAGAAGAACACACGGAAGAGUCUGCUGAGCAGAUGGAUCAGUACACGCAGACAAUGGCAGAGCGGGCUGCUGACAGCAGCUCUGAGGAAGCAGAAAUUGAGGUACCCAUUGUAGAUCGGAGAAACUUGCGAAGAAAAGCCAAAGGUUACAAAGGUCCACCCAAGAAAAAAGGAAAGCCAGUUUAAAAAUGAAAUAUUGAUUGUUAAUUCAUCUAUUUGUAAAGAAGUUAUUAUUUUGUGUAAAACACUAGGGUAUAACUAAACCAUAUGGGACACGGGACACACGUUUAAAAUACUGGGUUGGACUUCCUUUUGGGAUUCAUCACCUUUCUUUAAGUUUUCUUGAAUUUUUAACCAGUAGAUGUUGAGCUUCAUCAGAGUAUGAAAGUAAACAGCCAGUCUCCUUUUAUAAAGGAUACAUGCUGAUUAAAUACAGUUGUGCUAGUAAAGGGAACAGUUUGUAUGUUUGAGGUGGCAGUCUUGGAAGAAAAAUGAAGCGUGAAAUCCUGGCACUACUAAGAUCCCUUAAAUUACCAUAGACUUCCAUGAGGCUAGACAUCACUCUAGCAUUUGUUUAAUAACCUUGUGUUCUCUGCUGCGGGGAGAAGCAGAACAAGAAAAAUUCUUCCUUGCUUCUUGUUCCCUCCCCAUAGACUUUCUCAGAUGAGAUUAAAAGAAUGUAAGAUUCUGUAAUUCUAGGUCUCAAAAUAUAUAAGAAGGUAUAACUCGGUAGAUCAAAACAACGUAAGCAGCAUCUGUCUUUCACGAGAAUCAGACUGGAGAGAAUUGACUCCACUUCUGAUUCCCAACUACUAUUUGCUAAUCACUUCAAACAGCUGAGUCAGCAGAAACACCAUCAAUGCAGUAUCUACCAUAGCGCACUCUGAUAAUUAAGUUCUUUAUGUGAAGAUUAAGAAAUGUCUACACAGUACUGUAGCUUCCAAAGCAAGCGUCUCGCUAAGUGCAAGUUUUCCCAGAAUAUAUGGAGUGUAGACUCCAGUACAUGUAUGGAAUUGUUUGAACUGCCUUCCUAACUACUUGCAUGUGUUGAGUGGAUACUUGAUUACUUGUUAAGUUACAGGAAAAGGAUAUGACAACUUUUGAUCUAGUUUUGGUCUGAAUGAAAGUGGUUCUUUGUGUUUUCCAAAUACUCAGCUGGUGCUGUGGGGUAACUAUUAAAAUGUUUUAUCUGCCAGGUGUAUGACUCCUGUGAGCUCUGGCCUUUCAGGUGGUUGAGACAUUCGUUAGUGUGAAUAUUAGUGGGUGUUUCAGCAAAUACUUGUUUGCCAAACUUCUAUGCCUUUAGGAGUUAGCAAGCGAGUGCUGCAAAUACUUGUGAUUUCCACUUUCUUUUUCUAACUUGGGUGUAAUUCCUGGGAUAGUAGCUUCCCAGUUCAUAGCUUUUCUUAAAAGCAGCAACCAAACUUUGCUGUAUGCAAACAGAAAUAAACAGGCUCUUCAUGUAUGUUUUCCUUCAGAGGUUCUCCUGGCAAACAAUAUAUUGUAUGUAUGACAAGUUAAAUAAGUUACUCCUUAGUUUGCAUGUGUUUGUUUCAAUAAAUGAAGCUCCUCUUGUAAUGGGUUAAAAACUCAGGAAUAAGAAAGAACAAUGGUUCUAAGAACAGGAAAUCACACAACUAUUUGUCCUGCUAUAUACCUUUUCUAAGAUGAAUGAACUAGUUACCUCUAUUUUUGAGACACUGUAGGAAAAUAGAAAUUGCUGUUCAGGACUUCUGAGUACGAGGUUGUGAGAGACUGAAAGAGUUAAUGUCUCAAACAUUGUGGUGGGGCAAGUUCUGCAUAACAACAAACCCUGCACUGAGGGUGGGGAGGGCAUGCAGGAGGGUGCACAGGCAGUUCAUGUUCUGAUAUGCUGAGCAGGGCAGCUCACCAUAUAUGGCCAAAGAUCAAACAGUGGUCAUGUCUGCAGGGAGGGAGAAGUUACUCUCCAAACGACCCCCAAGCCCACCGACCCAUUUCCCAAAGGUUCUGGAAGCGCAAACCGUGCAUGACACCUAAUUAGCCUAAUGAGUUCAAGUGCCCGCCUGAAGGAGGGGCAAGGAUGAUAAAAGGACACAAACUGAAGCCCCAUGUGCAUGCGCCCUCCAGACCUGGACCUCUAGGCUGGCUGGACCAAUACUGGACCCAGGACUGGUGAAAUCUUUCUCUUUUAUCUCUCUCUCCCCCCGUAAUUCCUACGCCUCAUCCCUUUAGAUAUAAACUGUUGACCAAGUCUGGGACUAAGAGUGGAUCCAGCCACCCCUGGGCUCCUCUCUGAGAAGGAGUCUAGAAAGCAAGGGGGGGUCCACUCUGAACCUCGUGACUCAAUGGGAGGGCUCUCCUUAUUGUCUUCCCUGAACUGAUCCCCAAAUAAGUAAGGCUUGUAGCAUAUGUUUGGUGACGUAUGGUUAGCAUGUUACACAGUUUACUGACGUAGUUUCAUGCCAAUUCUUGUUGUGAGUGAAUAAAAGUUGUGUUUUGUGAGUUAAAGGAUCCCUGGUGUUGUUUCAACUUAAUCCUGACCUGAGAAUCAGCGAACCCGAGUCGUCGUCCUGAGAAAUUUGGACGUGACAUUUUAACUGGCAUCAUGGACAGGAUUCCCUGAGUUGAGGAGGAUCUGACGGGACUACCAACAAUCCACCCGAUUUAUGGGUGGGGAGAGUUGGGAAGUGAUUUCUCAGCUAUUGGCUGGGAGAGGUCCAAGCAGUGGCAAACCAUGGCUGCCUGGGAAAUGCCAGAGCUUGACUGCUUUCCCCUUUCUGAAAAAUUGGAAGAAUAUAAAGCGUGUCCCACCCCACCGGGGAUGAUAUGGGCUCACAGUAGUUGGCAUGAUCCUAAAUCAGUGGUGGAAAGGAUUACGGUAUUAGCGAAAGAGCAAAAAUGGAGACUGGGAAAAGGAAAGGCAAUGGUAUGUAGAUUGUUGGGAGUCGCUCUAAUGGCAGCCCAACAGUAUAAAAGUGUAAGCAAAUCUGCUGAGGAAGAAAGCAUGAAAUCUCUCCAAGACUUAGUGAGGGAGCUGUAAAAUCAAUUGGUGGAAGAAGGGGCUAGAAGGGAAAGAACAAGAGACCCUGUUAGAUGUGGAACGCAAGGCGAAUCACCAACUUCGUACCAACCUGUUUGACUUAUGAGAUAGGGAGAAAAUACUGUGUGAGGCACUUAAGGACCGGAGCGGAGCUAGCAACUCCGAUUAUGAAAGCAAGGCUGGUUUUCCAUCCCUAGCAAAGGGAGAUGAACGAGAGUCCUGAAAACCCAAACCACUUUACCCUUUAAAAGAUUUAGAAGAUUGUAGGAAAACCUUAUCUCUUAAGGAUGGUAAAGUGGUAUUAUGCCCUUUGAUAAAGACUGAGAUAACAGAAGCUGGGGAGGAAGAUGAAGAGACUGUGGUAAAACAGAUACUGUACUCAGCCUUGGACUUGUCUAAGUUCCAGGAAAAGUUUAGCCACUUAGCAAAGGAGACUGAGACUGAAUAUGUGUGGAGGGUGUUGCUGACGGGGCGACCGAAUCAUGCUAUCAGAGGAUGAAGCCCAAGGAUAUUGGGGGCCGGGGGUGUUUCUCACAGUAGACGACCCUAGAGAACCCUGGUUGCUGACCCAAAGGGCGGCUUAUUGGGUGGGAGGUUUAGACCCUCUAGAAAGAGGAGAUCUGAUCAGUAUUGAUACCCCCAAUAUUGAUCACUUAACUGAAAGCAUCCAAAAAACCACCUGCCUCCAACUUAUGCAUCAUAGACAACUAAUCCUGAGGCAACCAUCCCUGAUGCUAUUGGUAGCCGAUCCUGACCGAAUGACCCUGCUUACAAGGGGCUUGCCAGAUUCCCUAAAACUAUAUGCAAUUCAGUUGCAAGACUGAUUAAAGGAUGCCCUGACUCCGCAAGCAGGAAAUCCUGCCAGGCUGAGAACGGGCAGAGCCCUAACCUGGGGGGAGGUCGCCCAGGAAUUAAUUAAUUAUGGAAGGAGAAUGGGAGUCAGGAGGAAUUUAUUAUGGGCCAAAGGAAUUGAGAGGGAAAUUCCCUGAGAUUUAAUGGAUGGGAUGCCUGCCAUGGCACUGGAGAAGCUUGUCCAUGUGUGGAAGGGAAAGGGGGAAAUACCCCCAAAAGAAGGACCACCUACUUGAGAUAUUACUAGGGCAGAACCUAAAGUAAGCCUGCAGAAAAACACUCCCUCAGCCCCAGAGGGAGAUCUAAUCAACUUGAAGUCGGGAAACGAGACGUGCUGUCCCCAGUAAGUGAGCUGGGGGAUGGUAGGUGGGUCUAUGUAAGGAGGCUCACAGAGAACAACCAAGGAGGGGAUUUAAUGAUUGCUUUCCCCCUUAGUCCCCUUAAAAUGCCCGUCACCUUCUUAGUAGAUGCCGGGGCUCAAAUGUCAGCACUUUGACAAGAUGUUGCCGACCGCAAUGGGAUAGUUGCUGACAAGAAACAAAUAUGGGUAACCGAUAUAUUUGGAAACUCUCGGCCCCAGGCAACUGUUCAAGUUAAGUGCUGGUUGCCAGGAGAUGAGACUGUGAUAGAAAUUAUAACGAUAUUGGGACCACUACCAACUAACAUUUUGGGACUAGAUUUGCUGAAAGGAUGAGCCUGGGUGGACUUAAGAGGAAGAGAGUGGGUGUUUGGUCUCCCCACCGUGUCUGUAUGACUAUUACAGCCUGCACCUGAACUACCCCCUUCUAAGAUUGUUAAUGUCAAACCUUACCCAUUCCCCCUACGGGCAAGAGAAGGGAUCACUUUGGUGAUAGCUGAAUUAUGGGAGCAAGGGAUAGUUGUUCCCACACACUCACCUUAUAAUUCCCCAGUGGGGCCAGUCCGUAAACCCAACAGAAAGUGGCGAUUGACCAUUGACUAUUGGCGCCUGAAUGCCAACACAGGCCCCUUGACAGCUGCGGUGCCUAACAUAGUUGAGCUAAUUGCAACCAUACAAGAACAACCCCAUCAAAUUUUAGCAACUAUUGAUGUAAAAGAUCUGUUCUUUAUGGUCCCUUUGCAGGAAGCAGAUAGAGAUCACUUCGCUUUUACUUGGGAAGGCAUGCAAUUCACUUUUACGUGUCUCCCCCAGGGAUAUCGGCACUCGCCGACAAUUGCUCAUUAUGCAUUGGCUCAAGAGCUCACCAAAAUCACUUCUGCAAAAGGAGUUAAGGUAUACUAGUACACUGAUGAUGUAUUGAUUGGCGGCCCUGAUACCAAAGUAGUGGGACAGACCCAAGCAAAGAUAAUUACUCACCUAGAAAAAUUAGGACUCCAAAUUCCAGGUGAAAAGAUACAACUCCUAUCUUCUGAAGUGAAGUUCCUGGGUAUCUGGUGGAGGGGUGGGACAGUGUGCAUUCCCCCUGAAACCUUAACUACCCUCAAACAGGUUAAAACGCCUAGAAAUAAGAGGGAACUCCAACAUGCCCUAGGUUUGCUAGUAUUCUGGAGGAAACAUAUUCCCAAUUUCUCUAUCAUAGCCCGGCCCCUCUAUAACUUAACAUGCAAAAGAGCUGCUUGGGACUGGACCACCCAUUCAUGAGGAAGCUCUGAAGCUGUUAAUCUUUGAGGCUGGGGUAUAUCAGACCUUAGGGCCAAUUCACCCAACAGAUCCACUCCACGUCAAGUGGGGUUUUACAAUUCACAGACUGUCCAUACAUAUAACAUCUUCCUUGAAGGGGUACCUUUCCUUCAC